UACGCUAUCACUGCCCAGUGUUGGACACAGACAAGGCAACAACGUAAGAAUGAGGCUCGUUACAGUUGUCUUGCUGUUGCUUCUUGCGUCGGUGGGAUCCUCUGCUGCACCCAGCAGGUGGAGAAAAAGGGUUCACGAACCAUGCAAGCGGCUUGUCUUCUACUUUCACGACGUCAUAUACAAUGGUCACAACGCCAAGAAUGCUACGGCAGCCAUUGUAGGAGCUCCAACUUGGGGCAACAACACCAUUUUGGGUGGUCAAAACCAUUUUGGUGACGUGGUCGUGUUCGACGAUCCUAUCACCAUGGACAACAAUUUCCACUCUCCCCCAGUUGGACGCGCUCAGGGAUUUUACUUGUAUGAUAAGAAGGAUAUCUUCACGGCUUGGCUUGGCUUCUCCUUUGUGUUCAACUCAACACAGCACAAGGGAAGCAUCAACUUCGCUGGGGCUGAUCCGUUGAUGAACAAAACCAGAGAUAUAUCAGUGAUUGGUGGUACUGGUGAUUUCUUCAUGACUAGGGGUGUGGCUACUCUCAUGACCGAUGCUUUUGAAGGUGAAGUCUAUUUCAGGCUUCGCGUCGAUAUUAAGUUGUAUGAAUGUUGGUAGUUAUGAUUACUUUCUGCAGUAGAGUUUCAUCGAUCUGUAUGGUCCAUAUCUGAUCUCUUGAAUAACUUGCUUUUUGUUUCUGGUUCAUCGCUCGCUAGCUGAUUGCUGCCAGCUAGUUCUUUCUUUUCCGUUUAGCAACAUUAUUAUAUUGGAACAAGUCGAACCAAUUGAUUGCCUCAAGGCCUGGUUCAUGACUUUAAAAUUAUAUCGUUUGGUUUCCCUUGUAAUUCAGAAUCUGAUGAGCCUGUAAGGAAUAAGUUGUUCCAUGAGUUUUGUUUUGCUAGGUUCCUCGUGUGUUUUAUUGAAUUGUGCUCUUCACCUUUUCCAGAGACAAUGGAAUAUUAGGAUUGUGAUUUUCAGUUUUCUGAA